AUGAAGCUCUACUUGAUCAUCAGCAUGAUGCUCGCUGCCACUGGGUUUGCAGCAACCCUCGGCGCUAGAGAUAGCAAUGCUCUCGCUGCAGAGUGUCCUGUCGACCGCCCUUGCAAUACCAACCGAGACUGCGGCGCCAAUUACUGCCGCUGCGUUGUUAACAAUGAGGGUACCGAUGGUCACUGCCGCCCAUGGCCAAGCUAG